CUAGCGCUGCUGCCGCGGAGACUGAGUUUGCAGGCUGGGAGGCAAGGUAAGACCUCGCAGUCCCGCAUUGAUUCGCUUAAUACGCCAGCAAAUCCAUCGCUGUCGCCUUCUAGCCCUAGACUCACGCCGGCCACAGCAUCACCUCUGCUCGCGGUCUCCGUGUGCAGUUGUGUGCAUCUGCGUGCCUCUAUUAAGCAGCGGGCACGGCCAUCGAUUCAUGCGCCGGCGCCUCGCACUGAUGGCUGCUCUCUCGACGCGCAGCGCCGGCGCGCUCGCGCCGCCGCCGGAGAUCACGCUGGACGCGGCGCGCAAAUGCGCCGCACCCAUGCCAGCGGACACGCCGCGCAUAAUCGUGGGCUCGAAGUCCGCGUCGCGCCGCGCGCUGCUCGAGGCCAUGGGCGGCGCGGGCUUCGAGACGCGCGUCGCGGACGUCGACGAGGACGCGAUCGGCGACCGCGCCGGCGACCCCGGGACCCUCGUGCGCGCGAUCGCCGGAGCCAAGUGCGACGCGCUGCUCGAGCGGCACUUCGCGACCGAGGGCGACGACGACGCCGUGCUCGUCUGCGGCGACCAGGUCGUGACGUUCGAGGGGCGGGUGCGCGAGAAGCCGGCGGAUUUGGAUGAGGCGCGGCGCUUCGCCCGGAGCUAUUCAGGUAGUAGCUGCAGCACCGUGGGGUGCGUCAUCACGCACGACAUCCUCCACGGCACGCGCCGCGUCGACGUGCACGAGGCGACGGUGGCCUUCGGCGAGUUCCCCCCGACGCUCGUCGACGACAUCCUGGCGUCGGACGACGGUCCCGUGGUGUUGCAGUGCGCCGGCGGGCUCAUGGUCGAGCACCCGCUCCUGCAGCCCCACGUGCGCGGCUGCGUGGAAACCGAACCAGUGAGUUAGGUUCAAAUCUCCACACCAUUGAGCAGACGCACUCACGGGGACGCGUCAAUGGCGUAGAAUCUCCACACCAUUGAGCAGAUGCAGUCACAAGGACAAAGUCGCGUCGAUGGCGUGGGGCGCCCGAAAUUUGAUUUCCACACAGGUGCGCGGCGUGGAGGGCGGCGUCGACAGCAUCAUGGGGCUUUCGACGACGACGCUGGCGGCGCAGCUGCGCGACGUCGUCGAGGCGCGGCGCGCGUUUGCUGAACGCUAUCCGCUGGUCUACCCCCGACUCGGGCCCGUGCUGGGGCGGCCGGCCGUGGCGCGCGGUAGGUGGGCCGUCGUCGGCGACGUCUUCAACGCCGCCAAGCCCGCGAGUCGCGUCCUCGCGAGGGUCUCGGCUGAGGCGGCGUCCUGCGCGGGCGUUUCGCCGUACGUCAAGGACGGCCUCACGACGGUCGCCGACGUGCGCGGCGCCCUCGACGCCGUCGACCUGUGCGUGUCGCCCCGCAUCGGGGCGCGCGAGGUGGACGUGCUGGCCGACCGGGGCGUCCGCUUCAUCUUCGCGCAGCCGGGCGCGGACGGGGAGGCCGUGCUCGCGGCGUGCCGGCGCCGCGGCGUCGUCGUCCAGCGGGGGUGCGUGCUGGUGGACGAGUGGCCGCCGAGGAGCUAAUGGUGGACGAUUAUUAUUAUUUUUUUUUU